ACAAGUGACUGCAGAGACAGAGGAGUGGGUGGGCUGGCCCAUGGCUGAGGCCUCACUCCCAGACCUGAGGGGACAUACUGAAGCCACUCCUUGUCCCAGUGUCCUGGAACUGGAGGAACUUCUGAGGGCAGGGAAAAUUUCUUCUUGCAGCCGAGUGGAUGAAGUUUGGCCCAACCUUUACAUAGGAGACGCCCAAGGUGCUGGUGCACUGCGUGGUAGGUGUGAGCCGCUCUGCCACACUGGUCCUGGCCUACCUCAUGCUGCGCCAGCAGAUGUCCCUGCGUCAGGCAGUGGUCACCGUGAGGCAGCACCGAUGGGUCUUCCCCAACCGAGGCUUCCUUCACCAGCUCUGCCAACUGGACCAGAAGCUGCGGGGUGCAGGCCGGAGCUGAGGGGCCAGACCUGGUCCUCACUUCCCGCCACAGGGGUCUACUGCUUUGCCACCCUGGCACUGGCCCUGCUGGUGCUGCUGGAGGCUCUGGCCCACAUGGAUACCCAGAAGUUGAAACAGCAUCAAGUGUGCAGAGACAAGCGGCUGGAAGUCGGCAGUGCAAAGUGCCUGUCAGAGAAGACCGCAGCCUGGGCCAGAUACCCCCACAGGAUGGACUCCCUGCAAAAGCGGGACCUCCGAAGGCCCAAGAUCCACAGAACAGGCCCAGUGUCCCCCUACCAGCCGCCGACGCUGUCCUCGCUGCAGCGCUUGCUGUGGGCCCGUCGGGCCGCCACACUGAGCCACGUCAACGAGGUCUGGCCCAACCUCUUCCUGGGAGAUGCGCACGCAGCCCGGGACAGGAGCAAGCUGACCCAGCUGGGCAUCACCCACGUUGUGAAUGUUGCUGCGGGCAAGUUUCAGGUGGACACAGGCGCCAAGUUCUACCACGGGAUGCCCCUGGAGUACUACGGCAUUGAGGCAGAAGACAACCCCUUCUUUGACCUCAGUGUCUACUUUCUGCCUGUUGCUCGAUAUAUCCGAACUGCCCUCAGCGUUCCCCAAGGCCGCGUGCUGGUACACUGCGCCAUGGGGGUGAGCCGCUCGGCCACGGUCGUCCUGGCCUUCCUCAUGAUCUACGAGAACCUGACGCUGGUGGAGGCCAUCCAGACGGUGCAGGCCCACCGUGACAUCUGCCCCAACUCGGGCUUCCUCCGGCAGCUCCAAGUUCUGGACAACCGCCUCAGGCGGGAGACGGAGCGACGCUGACCUGGUGGACAGCCGGGAGCCCUGACCCUCUGGCCAGCAUGGCCCAACCCAACCAGCCUGGCCCUGGGGAUGGCAGCCUCUGCCGUUUCCAGUCACCCUGAGAUGUACAUAGCAAGUGGGCUUAGCUGAGGCAGAGGCAGGGAGAGCUGGGGGCAACCUUUAGCGGGUGGAUUUCCCUGAUCCAAUCCAGAGAUUCUUUAUGCAAAAGAGUUCAGUCUGUCUCUAUAAUAAAAGGUUCAUCAUCAUAAAAA